GCAGUACAGAAAUUUCUUAACCUUCAAAUCGCUUUCCAAAAAAAGUCAGAAUUUCUAUCAAUUCAAAGGAGUUAAUCCGCAUUUGAAGAAAUAAUAACAAAGCAUUACAAUGGCUGAUUUAGAUGAUUUUUUUGCUAAAAAAGACAAGAAGAAAUCAAAAACUAAAAAAUUUUUGACACCCGAAGAGUUGGCUAAAAAAUUGGAAGACACGUCAAAAAAGGCUGUUGAAGUAAAACCUCAACAACCACCGCGAAAAGAAUUGCGUCCAAAUGAUGAUCUAUUAAUUUUAAAACCAGAAGAAGAUCCUCAAGCAGAUAAUGAGGAGUGGAAAGAAUUUCAAGAAGUAGAACAAAAAGAUUAUAGUGGCUUAAAAAUUGGUCAGCUCACAUUAAAUGAUGACGAAGAUGAACUAGGUUCAGGGCAGGAAGGUGGAUUAGACGAAAAUGAUACAGAUGGAGAAGGCAGUUCGAAUAAGGAUCGAAAACAAGGUCCUUGGAAAUCUGUUGUUCCAGCUGAAGAAGUUACACAAAUACCAGUUGAAGUUAAACCGAGUGUAUACGUAUCCCCAGCCUUUAAAGCGGCUAGUAAAACUAUUAAAGCCCGCAAUCGGAAUGCUCCAGACAUAACAAACGAAGAAUAUUUUCCAACAUUAGGAGCUGCAAGACCUGAAGAACAACGUAAGAAAAAAAAUGAACCAAGCUUUGAAGAAGUAAGACACGGUGGUAGAAUGCAAAGAAUACAAGAACUGAAAAGAAAUACUGAGGCCCCAGUAAUAGGAAAUCGUUAUGAUUCAUUAGCUGAAGAAGAUAGCUAGAUAAAAUUCUUUAAAAUUAUUAUUUUUUAAACAGUAAAACAGCAAAGGGGUAAAUCAAGUUUUUUUGAAAAGGAAAUACUCAAAAAAACAUAUAUUAACAGAAAUAAAAAACAAAAAUAGAUUUGUAUUAAACAGAAGCAUUAAAAAACUUUUCCAAUAAUAAAAAAAAAAAAAAAACCAUUUCAAUUAAUUUAAAUUGAAAAAAUUGUAAUAUUUUGCUUUACAUAGUAAUAUCUCAAUACAAAAAUUAAGUAUUUUUUUUUUUAAAUUGUCUUAAAAGUUAUAAGAAUUUAUUUUAAAAUAAUAAUUAUUCUAUUCAAAAACAAAGCGUUAUUGCCACAAUUUUAAAUUUUAAAACUUUUCUUCCUAUUAUAUAUGUGUAAAAGAAGAUAAAAUAUUUUUAUCUUCCGAUAUAAGGUUUAAUAUUGUAUUUAAUUGUUCUCAAUAUAGAAGAAAAAAGAAACAAUAUUCAUUAGGAGUAUUUUACAAAUAAAUUUAUUUUGCAUAAUUCUUUUUUUUUUUUCAAUAAAAAAAAUGUUCCUCUUAAAAAUGACUUGAUUUUACUUAUUUUGUUUUUUGUGCGUCUGAUAUUAUUUGUUUUAAAUACAUAUUUGAAGAAAUAAAUUGUUUUAGGUACUUUUUUUACUUACAUGGGCAACAAUAAAAUUCUAUAUUUUAAAAAAUUUAAA